CUUGGCCUUUUCAGUUUCCAUGGAAGAUGCCUCGUGAAUAAAAUUUACACACACACACACACACACAUAUAUAUAUAUAUAUAUAUAACAUCUGUGCGUAGGAGAGGAUAUAUACGUAUACAUAUACACGGGUUGGUCGCAUAAUCAAUAGAUAUGCAAGUGAAAGACAUGAGAUUGGGUGGUGCAAAUGAUGAGAAGAAGGCAAAUGGGAAGGAAAUAGAAUCAGUUGAGAGGAGGUUCGGAGACGAGCAGAGCACAUUGUUGGACCAGUUCGAGAGGUUGUCUGUGGAGGUUCAACUUAAACGAGCCAUGCUGGGCCGGAGCCUCUCCGAGCCGAGCACCGCAAGCUCCUCCUACUUUCUCCAAUCUCAUCCGCCACCACCGUUGCAGUCGUUGUUCAAAGAGCGUCGUAGCUCUGGUCUCAACAAGCUCUUCAAAAGGCUCUUUCGACCAUUUUUCCGUAGCAAAAAAGAAUGAUGAGUGGGGAAAGGGGGCUGAAAUUGUUGACUUCAUCCGAUUACACAAGUAAAUCGUCACAACUUCAUUCAUGUCUUCCCCGUCACAACUUCAAUCUACUUUCCUUCAAUGUAGCAACAGUAUCAGAAUUAAUCAGAACGAUAUCCGACGUUCAAAGCUGCUCGUUCCGAAAUCCCAAGUCUUACCCAUCAAACAAGCUAGUUUGAAUCUUGACGUGAGAGUACAAAAUCUCGUGGAGAAAAUCAGAGCAUCACCUUCAAAAGAGAUGACUGAUAUUCUCAGAAUCAUUGAAAAUGAUACAGGGAAGACCAAAUGUGUUCUAGAUCGGGUCAUUGAAAUUGGGUAUCACCCAGAUGUUUCAACAAUCACCGUUGUUAUAAAUUUACUGUGUAAAAAGGGUAAAGUGCAGAGAGCUUUUGAGGUUCUUGAGGUGAUGGAUAGAAUUGGAUGUAAACCCACAGUACAGAUAUACAACUGCUUGUUAAAAGGGUUGUGUUAUGUUGGAAGAGUUGAAGAAGCAUACGAAAUGUUGAUGAACAUCAAGAAAGGUUUAGUCAAACCCGAUAUCUAUACAUACACAGUAGUAAUGGAUGGGUUUUGCAAAGUGGGUAGAUCUAACGAGGCAGUGGAGUUGCUUCAUGAAGCCAUGGAGGUAGGAUUAGAACCAAAUGUCGUCACUUACAACACUCUGUUCACUGGGUAUUGUAAGGAAGGGAGACCAUUAAAGGGUUUUGGUGUUUUAAAUCAUAUGAAGGAGAGAAAUUGCAGGCCUGACUUUAUUAGUUACAGCACCUUGCUAAAUGGGUUGCUGAAAUGGGGAGAAGUGAAGGCGGCAUUGAAGAUUUAUGAAGAAAUGGUGAGGAUUGGGUUUGAAGUUGAGGAGAUGAUAGAGAACAGAUUGCUGAGAAGAUUGUGCAGAAAAUCAUGGGAGGAAAGAGAGCUGGUAGACGACGCCCACCAACUGUUUGAUAAAAUGAUAGAGAAGAAAGUUUCUGUAAUGGAUCCUUGUACGAGGAGUAUGUUGAUUAGGGCUUUUUGCUUGGGAGGAAAGACGGAGGAAGCUUUGAUUCAUUUGAAGGAGAUGAUUGCAGAGGGUUUUACUCCCAGGACGAUUACAUUUAACAAUGUGAUUCAAGCAUUGUGUUUGGAAGGGAAGGUUGAGGAGGCAAUUAGUGUUUUAGUUUUCAUGUAUGAAGAACACAAAAUCCCAAGUAGAACAUCCUAUGAUUUCCUCAUUAAAGAGUUGAACAGCCAAGGAGGUUUCACGGCUGCUUGUGUUGUCUAUGCUGCUGCAAUCAAACAACGUGUAUUUAUCCAUAUAAAACCUCAACAAUCAAGUAAUUAAUAUAUGUUCAAAAUGAA